AAUUUUCAAAUUUUGUAUUACAUAUUCCGAGCAAGUUGGCAGCAUAAGCAGUCGCAGCCAACUUUAAGUUUUACCAGGGCUACAGCACCACAUUAAAUUAUUGUGGAUUCUCUUCGUCUUGCACACAAGCAGUAAACCAAUCAGAACCAUGGCCGACAAAGCUGUUGAAAAACCCGCUGGACGUCCAAUGAGAUAUCCAUACACUUUCUCGGCAAAGCUGGCCCAGUUCCCGAUCAAGCACUACAUUAAGAAUCAGUGGAUCUGGCGCUACUACUUCAUUGCGGUUGUCGCCUGCGUCCCCGUUUUCUACAAGAUCAGCAAGUUGGCCAAUUCACCCGAAAACAAGAAGAACUGGGCUGAAAGCCAAGCGAAGGAGCAUGCUGAACACCAUUAAUUUACUAAGCUCAGAGGCACUGCCAUUGAUUUAGUUGUUAAUAUUUGCAUCUACAUUUCAGAAUCGCUUAAUGUGAUUUUAACAAGAAUAGUAAUUGAUGAAUAAAUGAUUGAAAACGGA